GCCAACCAAAAUAACAUUCUUUGAUCACAAAAGAGCAUCUCCAAAGACAGAUAUUAUAUUUAAACAGAUUCUCAAUAAAUUUUCUGAUCAGUUCUUCUUAGGUGCAUAGAUGAGCGGCCUGGUCAAAUGCCUGCUCGGGAUGGGCAACCCUCUGCUGGACAUCAUGGCUGAUGUCGAUCAGGCAAUUCUGGACAAGUAUGAGAUCAAGCUCGCUGACCAGAUCCUGGCAGAGGACAAGCACCAACCCCUUUUCAAGGAGCUUGCGGCCAAGAGCGACGUGCAGUACGUAGCUGGUGGAGCCACGCAGAACUCCAUCCGCGCAGCGCAGUGGCUGCUGCAGGUCCCAGGCGCCACAUCCUACUUUGGGUGUGUCGGCGAUGAUGAGUACGCUGAGAAGCUUCGCAAGGCCGCUCAGGACGGCGGCGUCAAUGUGCAAUACCAUGUGGACACAUCGACGCCCACUGGGACAUGCGCGACGGCUGUCAUGGGAGGCGAGCGCUCCCUGGUAGCCAACCUGGCAGCCGCCAACAACUACAAGGUGGACCACGUGAAGCAGCCGGAGAACUGGGCACUAGUGGAGGCGGCGCGCGUCAUCUACUCGGCCGGCUUCUUCAUCACAGUCUCCCCAGAGUCCAUCCUGCUGGUGGCCAAGCACUGUGCUGCCAACAACAAGGUUUACUGCAUGAACCUCUCCGCGCCCUUCAUCUCCCAGGUGCCGCCAUUCAAGAAGACCCUCAUGGACGCGAUGCCCUACGUGGACUUCUUGUUUGGCAAUGAGACCGAGGCACGAGCGUUUGCUGAGACCGAGGGCUGGGCAACUGAGGACGUUGCCGAGAUUGCGCUGAAGGUGUCGGCCUUCCCCAAGGAGAACGGCAGCCGGCCGCGCAUUGUGGUGUUCACCCAGGGCAAGGACCCCACCAUCGUUGCCAGCUUUGGCAAGAUUGCGCAGUACCCCGUCAUCCCCCUGGCCAAGGAGAAGCUGGUGGACACCAACGGUGCCGGCGAUGCCUUUGUUGGUGGUUUCCUCAGCCAGAUUGUGGCGGGCAAGGAGAUUCCUGAAGCCGUGCGCGCGGGCAACUUUGCUGCCAACGUGGUCAUUCAGCGCUCUGGAGCCACCUUCCCCGAGAAGCCAGAUGGCUUCACAUGGCUCUAGAGCAGCUGGCCGAGGUUCCCUGGCAGAAAGAUUAAUCAGCGGCUGUCCGGGUGGAGGCAGCUGCUUCUGUUGUGUCCUGCUGGUCGAUGCAUGCUCUGCAAAGAAACCCUCACUGAACUGUUCAGGCCUAUUUAGAGAUCAUCUUUAGUGCAAUGGAGAUUACUCACGUAGGUGCAACAUGCGUCAAAGCGAUGAUUCUACAUAACAAGAAGAAUUUGGAAAUCCUCAUGGCUCUACAGUGACCCCAAUAUGAUUUAGCUGCAGACUGCUGCAUCUCUGUCUCGGUCUACAAGUACUGAGUGGGAAAUAUUUAACCGGCGUCCAGAUC